AAAGAAGGGGACGCCACCGAAAAAAGGGACGGCCGUGACACGCGGAUGCUAAAUAUAUCCCGUAGUAAUGGAGAGGGACCGGAUUUCAGCUCUGAAAAGAUCCUUUGAGGUCGAGGAGGUAGAUCAGUCUUCAAAUUCCUCCACGCCACAAAGACGGGCCCCCAACACCCUCCUCAGGUCCACCGUGUCCAGCUCCACGCAGAAGUUUCAGGAACUCGGCGCCAGGAACUCGGAGCCCUCCACCCGCCAUGCGGAGCCCACAGUGCAAAGAUCCCCCAAGCCCCCUCUGAGGAGAGUGGAGCUCUCUGGACCCAAACUGCCCGAGCCGGUGUCCAGAAGAACAGAAAUCUCCAUCGACAUCUCCUCCAAGCAGGUGGAGAACUCCACCUCGGGCCUGUCGCGGUUCGGCCUCAAACGAGCCGAUGUGGGCCACAAGCCGCCCGAGGGCCCGGCCAGGAGGACUGAGAUCACCCUGGGCAAGCCCCAGGAGCUGCGGCGGGCGGAGGCGCCGCCCUCCAAGAUCCCCGAGCCGCCCUCCAAGAUCCCCGAGCCGCCGCAGCGCCGCGCCGAGCCGGGCCCCGUGCCGGACACCGCGCCGCGCCGCCCGGACAGCCAGGGCGGAAAGGGCACCGAGAGCCCGGCCGUGAGGGCGGCCGAGGGCUCAGAGCCCGCCAUGCCCGCCCUGCCACAGCUGGCAGAGACAAAGGCACACGGGCUGCCCACCGAGAGCCCGCCGAAGAGAGAGGAAGGUGCAGAGGCCGUUCCCAGCCCCGCUCCCACCAUGACGGACGCUGCGCGCGAUGCCGGCCCCAAGCAGGCGGCGCCGGCGCGGCCGGACAAGCCGGCUGCCGACUUCGGCUACGUGGGCAUCGACGCCAUCCUGGAGCAGCUGAGGAGGAAAGCCAUGAAACAGGGCUUCGAGUUCAACAUCAUGGUCGUGGGUCAGAGUGGCUUGGGGAAAUCCACGUUAAUCAACACUCUCUUCAAAUCCAAGAUCAGCCGGAAAUCUGUACAGCCAACUGCUGAGGAGAGGAUCCCCAAGACCAUUGAAAUCAAAUCCAUCACUCAUGAGAUUGAGGAGAAGGGAGUGCGCAUGAAGCUGACGGUCAUCGACACGCCGGGCUUUGGGGACCACAUCAACAACGAGAACUGCUGGCAACCCAUCAUGAAGUUCAUCAAUGACCAGUAUGAGAAGUACCUGCAGGAGGAGAUCAACAUCAACAGGAAGAAGCAGAUCCCUGACACGAGGGUGCACUGCUGUAUUUAUUUCAUCCCAGCCACGGGCCACUCGCUGCGGCCGUUGGACAUCGAGUUCAUGAAGCGCCUGAGCAAAGUGGUCAACAUCGUGCCGGUGAUCGCCAAAGCCGACACGCUAACGCUGGAGGAGAGGGACUACUUCAAACAGCGGAUAAUGGCUGAUCUCCUGGCCAAUGGCAUCGAUGUGUACCCCCAGAAGGAGUUUGAUGAGGACUCUGAAGAUCGGCUGGUGAACGAGAAAUUCCGGGAAAUGAUCCCAUUUGCAGUGGUGGGCAGUGACCAGGAGUACCAGGUGAAUGGAAGAAGAAUCCUUGGGAGGAAGACCAAGUGGGGCACCAUUGAAGUGGAGAACACAACACACUGUGAGUUCGCCUACCUGCGGGACCUCCUCAUCAGGACACACAUGCAGAACAUCAAGGAUAUUACCAGCAACAUCCACUUUGAAGCCUACAGGGUGAAGAGGCUGAACGAGGGCCAGAGCUCUCUGUCCAACGGCGUGGCUGACAAGGAGCUGGUGGCCAACGAAAUGUAACCGUCCCUCGCCGCAGCCAGGACCUCGCUCGCUCACGCUCGCUCUUUCUCCCCUCUCCCCCCUUUAUUUUUAUAUAAAUCCUCUGCCACUGUCCCUCUUGCCCUGCUCCCUGACCCCCUGCCAUGUAAACUGACCAAAUAACCAGACGUGGAGCGGGGUGGCCGCUCUCCCCCUGCUUUGUGCCAUGAGUUUUGUGCUCAGCCCCCGGAGCGGCGUCCCUGGCCCAGGGUCUGUCCCUCUGUGCAGGCUGGGCUCUCACUUGCCCCCAGCUGUGGCCCCACAGCCACGCCAGGGGAGCAGAUCUGUGGGGCCAGCAGGGCUGGGGUGCCCUGGGAGCCCUUGCAGCCCCUCCUCUCCGUCCAUGGAAGGCGAGGGCUCCUCCAGGUGGAUGGAGCCUUCAGGGCGAGGUACGGUGGGAUGAAGAGAGCCAGCCAGUGCCGUCCUUGCCUCCUGCAGCCCUCUGGGAGCCACCAGCCCCCAAACCAGCCCCUGUACCCUCUCUACAUGCAAUAAACUGGGAGUGUUGAGGUGUCACCUCGCCUGUCACCUUGCCCCGGCCAGGCAGAGCGCCCUGCUUUGGGAGAAGUGCCUUUUAGACUGUGACCUUGCAAUAGCGUGGGAGAGGGGAGGGAGGCUCUGCCUUGUCUGUCUCUGCAGCCUACACAAGGCUGUGAACCUCCACAGAGACUCUCAUUCCCUCUCCCUCGGGCCAGAGCUGUGGCUGAUGUCCUGGGAACACUUGUGUAUUUAUUUGUCACUCGGGUGGGUCCUUGUUCUCUGAAGGCUCCGAGUGUGUUUGUCCUGAGGGGGCUGAGCGUGGAACUUUGUCUCUGCAAAGCAGUGCUGGGAGGCAGAGGGUGGUCCUGUCUGACCUUUGUGAUUCUUGGGCUUUUCCCUACAUCAGAGGAGGCUCUUGGGUAGCUGUAAAUUCCUUUUCAUUUCUUGGGUCCCUUGUGUGUCCAGGGAAGAUGCUCCUGUUGUGCUGGUCCUUGUGCAGGGGGUCUGUGCAUGUGCUGACCGAGCCCUGCAGCUGUGGGGGGAGCUGGGUGUUUGUGGGUGCUGCUCCCCCAGCUCUGCCCCCAGACCCUUCUCUUUCUGUGUAAAUCAGACCCUGCAAGCAUUAGGUAGCACUGUGACCCAGGAGCAGGGGUUCCUGGAGCAAAGCUCUGCAGUCCUGCCGCUCUCCCCAGCUCUCCUUUGCCUUUCUGGUGUCCACCAGGUUAAAAAGGAAAAAAACUUCC